UGAACACACAUUUUCCUUCACUUGUUUAUCCACAGAUGAGCCACAAUGCUCCACAGAGGAUUUGUCUCUCUGUAGUUCAGUUUUAAAAGAGAGGUUGUAAGAAGAUAUUUUCAACACAGAUCUUCGGUUCAACUUAAGUCUCGGAUUUCCACGGCAAUGAUCUUCACAGCCGAGCAGAUAGCUUGCGUGUGCGAGGUUCUACUGCAGAGAGGUAGCAUGGAUCGCCUCGCUGUCUUCCUCCACACUCUUCCUCCUCCUCCCUCCUGCUCCUCCUCCACUCCUCACCUCUGGGAGCAAGAAAGCAUGCUGAAGGCUAACGCAGCGGUGGCCUUCCACCAAGGCCGCUUCACUGACCUCUACACCAUGCUAGAGGGUUUCCCCUUCUCCACACGCAGCCACCCACUCCUGCAGCAGCUCUGGCUCCAAGCCCACUACGCAGAAGCUGAGAGGCAGAGGGGCCGACCCCUGGGAGCUGUAGGGAAGUAUCGUCUGAGGAGAAAAUUCCCUCUACCACUCACCAUCUGGGAUGGGGAAGAGACCAGCUACUGCUUCAAAGAAAAAUCACGGAGUACACUCCGGGAAUGGUACCGCCAUAAACCGUAUCCCUCUACCCGGGAGAAGCGGGAGUUGGCAGCGGCCACAGGCCUGACGAGCACACAGGUCAGCAACUGGUUCAAGAACCGCAGGCAGAGGGACCGAGCGACGGACUCUGACGGUUUCAAAGUUUCUUGCUCUGGAGGAACUGAAAUCUGCCCUUUGUCUGACCUCGACUCCUCACCUCCUGGCAGCCCGAUUCUCCAACACUCCUGCCCUGCACCUCCACCCUUGUGUCACCCACCACCACCAACUCUGCGUCACAUGUGUGGAGGACUCCUUUGACUCGGUCCUUCAGAUGUUGUUGUUGAAUCGGUCUGCUAACUGUCAUGUUUUUUUU